AUGCAAACUAAAAACACCUUUUCUUGGAUAAAGAAAGAGAUUAUUCGAUCUAUUUCCGUAUCGCUGAUGAUAUAUAUCAUAGCUCGGACAUCCAUUUCAAAUGCAUAUCCCAUUUUUGCACAGCAGGGUUAUGAAAAUCCACGAGAAGCGACCGGACGUAUUGUAUGUGCCAAUUGCCAUUUAGCUAAUAAGCCCGUGGAUAUUGAGGUUCCGCAAGCGGUACUUCCUGAUACUGUAUUUGAAGCAGUUGUUCGAAUUCCUUAUGAUAUGCAAGUUAAACAAGUUCUUGCUAAUGGUAAAAGGGGAGGUUUGAAUGUGGGGGCUGUUCUUAUUUUACCUGAGGGAUUUGAAUUAGCGCCUCCCGAUCGUAUUUCGCCCGAGAUGAAAGAAAAGAUAGGCAAUCUGUCUUUUCAGAGCUAUCGCCCCAAUAAAAAAAAUAUUCUUGUGAUAGGUCCUGUUUCUGGUCAGAAAUAUAGUGAAGUCACCUUUCCUAUUCUUUCCCCGGACCCCGCUACUAAUAAAGAUGUUCACUUCUUAAAAUAUCCCAUAUAUGUAGGCGGGAACAGAGGAAGGGGUCAGAUUUAUCCCGAUGGGAGCAAGAGUAACAAUACAGUUUAUAAUGCUACAGCGGCUGGUGUAGUAAGUAAAAUCAUACGAAAAGAAAAAGGGGGGUACGAAAUAACCAUAUCGGAUGCGUCAGAUGAACGUCAAGUGGUUGAUAUUAUUCCACCAGGGCCAGAACUUCUUGUUUCCGAAGGCGAAUCUAUCAAACUUGAUCAGCCAUUAACGAGUAAUCCUAAUGUGGGUGGAUUUGGUCAAGGAGAUGCGGAAAUAGUACUUCAAGAUCCAUUCCGUGUCCAAGGCCUUUUGUUCUUCUUGGCAUCUGUUAUUUUGGCACAAAUAUUUUUGGUUCUUAAGAAGAAACAGUUUGAGAAGGUUCAAUUGUCCGAAAUGAAUUUCUAG